AUGAACGGCUCGAUACUUAGCCCAUUCAACGUCUCCCACCCUACGGCUAUUCAAACAUCUCUCCUCGAUCGAGCCAGUUUCGCAAAGUUCGAUCCAUCAGGAAGGUAUCUUGCCACCGGGAAAUUAGAUGGUUCAUCUUCGAUUUGGGACCUGGAGACGCGGUCAGCCAUAAGACUUCUGGAUGGUCAUGUUAAGGCCGUCACCAGUGUGGAUUGGUCGAGAUACUCUCGCUACCUCCUUACGUCUUCAAGAGACUGGAAUGUGAUUAUCUGGGACUUGGCCUCCCCCUUUGACCCCCCUCAACGCCACACGACUAUUCGCUUUGACGCACCAGUCGUAUCUGCCUCGUUCCAUCCACGAAACAGCAAUAUAGUUCUUGCACUAUUAAGCACAGGGGAUGCAUUCGUAGCCGACCUCCGCAAAGAACAUCGGUCGCGGAUGGAAUUAUGUGAAGUAUAUGAUGAAGCAGAUGAGAGCACGAAGCCUCGCUCGGCCAUGACAGUUGCACGGUUUGAUCCCACUGGAAAAUACAUAUUUAUUGGGACCGCUGCGGGUUCCGUCCUGGUCUUCAAUUCUCGUACAAAAUCUAUGGUCGCGCGACACAAGAUCUCGGGUGCUGGUGCAAUGAGAGGCUUUGACUUUUCCAAAGGUGGCCGCCGCCUCGUGACAAAUUCAUCCGACCGUGCACUUCGCCACUUCAACCUUCCUAUCUAUCCUUCGCCAUCAUCCGCAUCCGACCCUCUUGAGUAUCUCGAUCAGGAAUUGAAGCCCAUCUACCAAUUUAAUGACCCUAUCAAUAAAACGGCGUGGCACACGAUGUCUUACAGUCCUGAAGGUCAAUGGCUUGCAGGGGGCGCCGCCGAUCAUGCCACUCAUAAAAUAUACAUAUGGGACAUUGUGAAUGAUGGCCAAUUUGUCUGCACGCUGGAUGGUGGGAGGGAACCGCUUAUUCACUUGCACUGGCACCCAAGAAAAUCGGUGAUCGCAUCGACAACUAACCAGGGAAACAUCCUUAUAUGGCACUGUCCAAUACCGGAACGCUGGGGCGCCUUUGCAGGCGGCUUUGAAGAGGUUGACGAGAACGUUGAGUAUCACGAGCGCGAGGAUGAGUUUGACAUAGAAGACGAAGCAGAGACAACUCGUCGCAAAAUGAAACGCGAAGAAGAGAAGGUCGAUAUUGAUGGGUUCGACGACGCUCUAAUGCAGCAGACUACACCUGUGGUCGCGCCGAAGGAUGACGAAGACGUAGCUUGGGCAGACGAUGAACCAGACGAUGACAAGCCCGAGUGGAAAAUGGCCAUAAUUAUGGUAGAAGAGGAUUAUCUAUGA